AUGGUUCGAUUUGCGGUCCAGAAACCCGCCGAAGAUGCCGGCAAGGCAUGGCCAGCUAUCGCCAUCGGUCUCUUCGUGGCCUUUGGUGGAGUUCUAUACGGUUAUGAUACCGGUACCAUCAGCGGUAUACUAGCUAUGGACUAUUGGCAAAAUCUCUUCUCGACAGGUUAUGUCAAUACGAAGGGCCACAAAGACGUAUCGCCGUCCCAAUCUUCCGCCAUUGUAUCCAUUUUAUCCGCUGGCACGUUCUUCGGGUCCCUAGGGUCACCAUUCCUCGCUGAUACAAUAGGUCGACGGUUCGCCCUUAUUGCUUCUUCUUGGGUGUUUAUUCUGGGUGUGAUAUUACAGACUGCUGCUACAGCGUUACCGUUGUUCUUGGCUGGGCGGUUCUUUGCAGGUUUUGGUGUCGGUUUGAUCUCAGCGCUGAUCCCAUUAUACCAAAGCGAAACCGCACCGAAAUGGAUUCGAGGAGCCAUCGUCGGAGCUUAUCAAUUCGCGAUUACAAUUGGUCUACUCUUGGCUGCCGUUGUAGACUACGCAACACAAUACCGACAAGAUACCGGCUCAUACCGUAUCCCAGUCGCUGUCCAAUUUGCGUGGGCCAUCAUUUUGAUCAGCGGUAUGCUCUUGCUGCCAGAGACGCCACGAUUCUUGAUCAAGAGAGGCCAGCAUGACAAAGCCGCAAACUCCCUCAGUAAGCUUCGAAGGAUCGAACCCAAGCACGCGGCGAUCGAAAGCGAGCUUCGCGAAAUCCAAGCAAACCACGAUUACGAGAUGAGCAUCGGAACGUCCACGUAUCUCGACUGUUUCCGUGGACCCAUGUUGAAGCGUCAGCUCACCGGAAUGGGAUUGCAGGCGCUGCAGCAACUAACAGGCAUUAACUUCAUCUUCUACUACGGAACCCAAUAUUUCAAGAACUCGGGUAUCCAAGAUCCAUUCACAAUCCAAAUGAUCACAUCCUGCAUCAACGUCGUCUCGACCAUCCCCGGUCUCUGGGCAGUUGACAAACUCGGCCGUCGUCCCCUUCUCCUCUGGGGUGCCGUCGGAAUGUGCAUCAGCCAAUUCCUAGUGGCCAUGCUCGGCACUCUAACAACAGGACAAGACUCAUUGGGAAAUAUCAUCGUGUACAACGUCGCUGCGCAAAAAGCCGGUAUCGCAUUUGUCUGUAUCUACAUUUUCUUCUUCGCCAGUACCUGGGGACCUCUUGCGUGGGUUGUAACCGGCGAGAUCUACCCGCUUAAGACGCGAGCCAAGAGUUUGAGUAUGACUACCGCUACUAACUGGCUCCUAAACUGGGCGAUAGCAUACGCGACCCCCUACCUAGUCAACUACGGAGAAGGCUACGCAAACCUGCAAUCUAAGAUUUUCUUCGUCUGGUUCGGCGCCUGCUUUAUCUGCAUCUCGUUCGUGUAUUUCUUCAUCUACGAGACCAAGGGCUGGUCACUAGAAGAGGUCGACGAGUUAUACAGCGAGGUCACCAGCGCACGCAAGAGUGCUAGUUGGACACCUAGCACCACCUUCGCGCAACGACAGGCGGUGACAUCAACUGCUGAUGGUGGCGUUACUACCGCUGCGGAUGUUUCCGAGAGUGCUCCUGCCGAGAAGCCGGAUUUGACGAGCGAGCAACAUAGCGAUGGGUUGUCGCAUCACGAUGAGAAUCCUACGGUGUAA